AUGGCGGCCAAUCCGCUCGGGGCAGCUGCCCCUUCGCAUGCCCAGUCCUCACUCCCGUCCCUGCCUCAGCAUCUUCAAACGGACACCCAGUUGACCGCUCAUCUUGCCAGUCGAGGGCCCGAUGGGCUCAAGGAAGGAAGCGCCAUGGGAGAAGCGGAAGAUUUGGCUAAACGAGCUUGGACACGUCUUGGGUCAAGAGGCGAAAACCAAGCUGUUGUCUUUCUCGGUGAAUCUGGCUCGGGCAAGACGACGAUACGAUCACACCUUCUAUCUUCAUUGCUUUCCUACUCGUCAACCCCAUUAUCUACGAAGCUAUCCCUUGCCGCAUUCGUGUUCGACACCCUGACAACCACAAAAACUGUCACCACUCCAACAGCAUCCAAAGCCGGUUUGUUCUUCGAAUUACAAUAUGACGGCUCCUCCACUGUAAAUCCAACCCUCAUUGGCGGAAAGCUUUUGGAUCACCGGCUAGAAAGAAGUCGAAUAGCGUCAGUUCCUACCGGAGAACGUAGCUUUCACGUUUUAUAUUACCUUUUGGCGGGUACAAGCCCAGCUGAAAGGACGCAUUUGGGACUCGAUAGCUCUGGCGAAGUUCUUUCGAGCGGACCCAACAAGCGGUCGUCAGGCCAGGCUGCACAUAAACGCUGGCGGUAUCUGGGCCAUCCUACUCAGCUAAAAGUAGGUAUUAACGACGCAGAAGGUUUCCAGCAUUUCAAAACUGCUUUGCGCAAGCUGGAAUUUCCCCGAAGCGAAAUUGCGGAAAUCUGCCAGAUUCUUGCCAGUAUCCUGCACAUUGGCCAGCUCGAAUUCACGACUGGUCAAGCAACGAGAACGGGCGCUGAUGAGAGUGGUGGCUACUCACAUGAGGGCGGCGAAACAGUCACAGUUGUCAAAAACAGGGACGUUCUCAGCAUCCUUUCAGCUUUCCUCGGUUUAAGCGUAGAUGAACUUGAGACCAGUCUAGGGUACAAGACAAAAACAAUCCACAAGGAACGGGUGACCGUUAUGCUUGAUCCCAAGGGUGCUCGAGCAAAUGCCGACGGAUUUGCGCGAACGCUCUAUGCCCUUCUUGUUGCCUACGUGAUCGAGAACAUUAACCAACGAGUUUGCGCUACUGAGGAUGCCAUUGCCAACACGAUAUCUAUCGUUGACUUCCCUGGGUUUGCACAAGCAUCCACAACCAAUUCAACGUUGGAUCAACUGUUGAAUAAUGCUGCAACUGAGUCUCUCUAUCAUUAUUGCUUACAGAACUUCUUUGAACGCAAGGCAGAUAUGCUAGAAACGGAAGAAGUCAAUGUCCCGGCGACAAGUUAUUUUGAUAACUCUGAUGCUGUCAAAGGCCUUUUAAAACAUGGCAACGGACUCCUCUCAAUUCUGGACGAUCAAACCAAACGCGCCCGGACGGACAUGCAGUUUCUCGAAAGUAUCCGGAAGCGAUUUGAGAAUAAAAACUCGGCCAUCGCAGUUGGUAGCUCUACUGCAAUUCUCCCUGGUAGUAACUUUGCUACACAAAAUGCUGCAGCUGUCUUCACAGUGAAGCAUUUUGCUGGAGAAGUUGAUUAUCCUGUUAAGGGUCUCAUCGAGGAAAAUGGUGACCUUGUAUCCGGAGACCUACUAAACCUCCUUAACUCAACAAAGAGUGGCUUUGUCCGGGAGCUUUUUGGUCAAGAAGCCUUGCAAAUGAUCCGCCACCCGAAAGAGAAAAAUGCUAUCAUGCAAGCCCAACCCAAUGAUAGACGAAUCGCCAAUCAAUUUGACAGCAAAUGUGUUCGGACCCAAGUGCAAACGCUCGGGAUCGCGGAAAUCAGUCAGCGUCUCCGAAACGCUGAUUUCUCAGUAUUCUUACCGUUUGCUGAGUUUCUCGGGUUGGCGGAAGCUGAAUCUGUUAUCGUUGGCAGUGACAAGGAAAAGUCACAGCUCAUCGUGGACGAAAAACGAUGGCCAACAAACGAAGCCUGCAUCGGAAGUACGGGCGUCUUCCUUAGUGAAAGGUGCUGGGCGGACCUAGCUAGAAUUGGCGAGCGGGUUCAUCCAAGUUACAGUGGGGGAGGCACUGAUGAUGGCAGAGAUAACCUGCUACAUGUUGGCGGCAACCUUAACGGUGAUUCCAAAGUCCGCCUCCUACCUUCCGGAGAUUCCACCCCUGGAGCAUUUAUCUACGGAGAUGAUAAGCAAGGCUAUUUUGGGAGCCGAGAAUUGGAUGCCCGCUCCGACGCCGGCGCAUCUGCGUUCAACUCAGGCGAUAUGUUUAAGAAUCUGGAAACUCGGGAGCAAAUGGCGGAGCGAAGCAAUGAGAAACAGAUGGUUGAAGUUGAGGAUGUCAUUGUCUCUGGAAGUCGCAAACGUUGGCUUGCGCUAGUCUACCUGCUCACUUUCUACGUUCCUGACUUUAUGAUCAGAUUGGUCGGAAGAAUGAAAAGGAAGGAUGUCCGUAUUGCCUGGCGUGAGAAGUUUGCCAUCAAUCUUCUUAUCUGGUUGAGCUGUGGCUUUGUGGUUUUCGUCAUUGUUUUGUUUCCACGCUUGAUUUGUCCUACACAGCACGUUUAUUCCGCUGCGGAACUUUCAUCUCACGAUGGGAAAGACAACCACGCCGCAUAUACAGCCAUCCGCGGAGAGGUUUUUGACUUAGGGUCGUUCAUACCUGCUCAUUAUCCAGGUAUUGUUCCUGAGCAAAGUCUGCUAAAAUACGCCGGCAUUGAUGCCACACAUUUAUUCCCCGUACAAGUCUCUGCUCUAUGCAAGGGAAAAGGCGGUGACAAAAAGCGCAUUGACCCUUCAGUAUUAUUCGACUUUACACCCACGAACAUAUCGGGUUCUGCGAGUGUUGUUCGUGGGAAUGACCAGAACUUUCAAUACCAUGACUUCCGAGCCUUCACCAAUGAUACUCGUCCGACUUGGUACGCUCAAAAAAUGCGAUACCUACGAGCCAACUAUAAAAAGGGGGAGCUUGGCUACACCAUGCAGCACCUUAAAACCCUCUCUGAAAAGUCGCAGUACAUAGCAGUUUUAAAAGGAACAGUCUAUGACCUUACCAACUACAUGGCUGGAGGUCGUUACACCAAAGGACCGGAUGGCAAGCCGAAGCCUGGUGUCGAUGUUGAUUUCUUGGACUCGGGAGUUGUCCAACUGUUUCAGCAAAAGUCCGGACAUGAUAUAACAGAGUUCUUCAACAGACUUCCUCUGAGUACCACGCAACGUUAUGAUAUGGAAGUUUGCCUAAACAAUCUCUUCAAGGUUGGGCAAGUAGACACCAGAAACUCGACACAAUGCCUUUUCUCUCAAUAUUUUGUUCUUGCUAUUUCAGCUCUACUUGCUAGUAUCAUUGGCUUCAAAUUUCUGGCCGCAUUGCAAUUCGGAAGAAAAAACAUCCCCGAAAAUCUCGAUAAAUUCAUCAUUUGCCAGGUACCGGCCUAUACCGAAGACGAAGAGUCUUUGCGCCGUGCAAUGGAUUCUAUGGCUCGGAUGAAAUAUGAUGAUAAGCGGAAACUGCUCGUGGUUAUUUGCGAUGGUAUGAUCAUUGGACAAGGGAACGAUCGACCCACACCUCGAAUUGUUCUUGAUAUCCUUGGUGUCCCAGAUACUGUUGACCCAGAACCAUUGAGCUUCGAAAGCUUAGGAGAAGGUAUGAGACAACACAACAUGGGCAAAGUUUACUCUGGCCUAUAUGAAGUGCAAGGUCACAUCGUUCCGUUUUUGGUGGUUGUCAAAGUUGGCAAGCCAUCUGAAGUUUCUCGACCUGGUAACCGUGGAAAGCGUGACUCCCAAAUGCUUUUGAUGCGCUUCCUCAACCGUGUUCAUUACAAUGCACCAAUGAGUCCUCUUGAAUUGGAGAUGCACCACCAAAUUCGCAAUAUCAUUGGAGUUAAUCCAACGUUCUAUGAAUUUAUCCUACAGGUCGAUGCCGACACUGUCGUUGCUUCAGAUUCCGCUACACGGAUGGUGGCCUCUUUCCUGGCUGAUACUAGAGUGAUCGGGCUUUGUGGAGAGACGGCACUUAACAAUGCUAAAUCUUCAAUGAUUACUAUGAUUCAGGUUUACGAAUACUGGAUCUCUCACAAUUUGACCAAAGCGUUCGAAAGUCUUUUCGGUUCCGUGACUUGCUUGCCUGGUUGUUUCACCAUGUUCCGCAUUCGUGCAGCUGAUACAGGCAAGCCACUGUUUGUCAGCAAAGAGGUCGUGGAUUCUUAUGGAGAGAUACGCGUUGAUACCCUUCACAUGAAGAAUUUGCUCCAUCUGGGAGAAGACCGUUACCUCACCACCUUGCUCCUGAAACAUCACCCGAAAUAUAAGACCAAAUAUAUUUUCAAUGCCCAUGCUUGGACCAUCGCUCCUGACAGCUGGGCUGUCUUCUUGUCGCAACGCCGCAGAUGGAUCAAUUCCACAGUCCACAACUUGAUCGAGCUUAUUCCUCUUCAGCAACUUUGCGGGUUUUGCUGCUUCAGUAUGAGAUUCGUUGUCUUCGUGGACCUCCUGAGUACAGUUAUCCAACCAGUUACCGUCGCUUACGUUGUUUAUCUCAUCGUCCUCGUAUCAUUGAAUCCUGGGCUGGUUCCGGUUACAGCGUUCAUUCUACUCGGUGCAAUUUACGGUCUACAAGGUCUGAUUUUCAUCCUCCGCCGUCUUCCUCUCUAUGCGUUUUGGCAUAUGGAUGACUUCACCUGGGGUAACACGCGUAUUGUCACUGGCGAAAAAGGUCGUAAAAUCGUUAUCACGGACGAAGGAAAAUUUGACCCUGCUUCCAUCCCCAAGAAGAAGUGGGAAGAAUAUCAAGCCGAACUUUGGGAAGCUCAAACCCACCGUGAUGACCAGUCAGAGGUGUCCGGAUACUCCUAUCGAACAAAAUCAUACCACCCAGCAAUGUCAGAAUACGGAUACCCUGCUGCAAGACCAGCUUCUCAGCUCGACUAUAACCGCCAUUCUCGAAUGUCGUUACCUGCCUCUGAACUCCUCGGUCGUAACUCGGAUCUAGAAUUGACAGACUUUUCUGGCCUUCCCACCGAUGACGCAUUAUUGGCGGAAAUCAGAGACAUUCUGAGGACCGCUGAUUUGAUGACAGUUACGAAGAAGAGCGUCAAACAAGAGCUUGAACGGAGAUUUAAUAUUAAUCUUGAUGCAAAGCGAGCUUAUAUUAAUUCUGUAAAGCGGUUUUUUCCCAUUUUGACGCAGUUUAAAAACUAUGUGAGUGCUGCUGUUGCUUCUAGGGACCUGACUGCUGUUAAUCAUUGGAUGCAAAUCAUGGUGCCACUAGGACAUCCGGAAUGGAAAUGA